UUGAAAGAAGGCAGGACAACUUGGGAAGGAUCAGGCUUUUAACAAAAACAAGUGUAAGUCAGGAUGCUUUGGGGUCCUCUCAUCUUCUUGGCUGCGCUAACUCUGGUCCACCACCCCCUGAUGGUCAGUGACCAUACAGACUUUGCCACGCUGACUCGGAUCCAGGACCAUGAGAAGCGGAUGAAACAGCAAAUGGAGCAGCUUCAGACAGAAUUUGACCAGAAAGGCUGGACCUUGGAGCUGCUGCAGACUCCAAAGGAGCGGAUUACAACUGAUCAGCCCAUAGAUGAUGAAACCUGGGAUGUGUGGCACUAUGUGAUCGCUCUGUUCUUCUUAGUGAGCUACAUAUAUACCCCUGAAAAGGAACUCUAUGAUGAUUCCAUCACAGAUACCACCAGCAGUACCAAUGGAGAUGACGUUGAUGAUGAUACUGACAUGGAAAUCGAAACAUGUGGCAACAGCCAACAAGUGCUAGAGGCUUUCUUUGACCAACACACCCAUAUGGAUACCAGUGACUUAACCGAUAUGUGUGAUUUUGUUGUGUCCUUUGUGAAUCGCCUGCUGGAGGCCUGCAGGAAUGACCUGCCCUAUCAAAACACCCUUCCUCUGUUUGAGGACUGUAUUGGGGUGGGCAGUGCCUUUGAAGGAUGGCACACACAACAGUCUGAGGCAUUCAGCAUCCUGGUACCAGUGUUGCCACCCAAAGGACACUCUUUCCAACUGGAAACUAGUGAUCCUGAAGGCACUACAAACAAACAUGGACAUGUCUUGGUGGAGACAGAGUGUAUGUGCAAGAGAGAAAAGCUGCUUGGAGACGUGGUAUGCUUCCUUCAUCACCCUGAGAAAGAUCUGAGUGAAGACAACCAAAGUGCCUUCCUCAUGCAGCUUUUGUGUACCAGCUCCCACUUAGAUGUGGAUAAAAUAAUCUUCUGGCUCCAAAGUCUUGUGAAGAAGGCCUGGAAAAACCUAUGUUAUAAGUACAACCUUGAUCUCGUGCCAAAGCCUUCCAGCACAUCAUGCAAACUGGAACUGGCAUUUAUGUCUGGAAAAAUAAUCUCAGUUGACAUCAUACUUGGAGUAAAGCAAGGAGACAGUUUGGUUUUCCUGGCCACCCAGGAUGCUGAGAUGGACUGUACAGCUGGUACCAUUUGGCAGAGGACUUUUGCAAUCCAGGAGCUGCUCUUUUUCGAAUGGGUAAGCCGGCGAGCCCCAGAGGAGAGCUGCUACCUGAAAUGUUUACAGAUCAUCAUCUGCCUCAAAGAGACAAGCUGCCCAUCAGACGGGAAGAACCUUGUGCUCACUAACUACCAUUACAAGACUUGUCUGAUGCAUCUUUUGCUCCUUCGGUCACUGGCACACUGGACCCCUGAAGAUAUUGCACAAAGGCUGCUGGACAUCCUCGCAUUCAUGAGUACUGCCCUGCAGGAGAAAUGUCUUGACCACUUCCUGAUUGGAAACAUCUCCCUGCCCAUUCAGAUACCUAUGCCCAAGGCCCUUCGCACUGCUGCACCUGUCAAUCUUUUUAAGCACUUGGCACAAGACCCAAACCUUCAUGCUGAGGCAGUGAGGGAGUUUGUGGAGGUAGUAAAACAAGUGAGGGCUCUGGUGACAGACUGUGAAGAGUAGGGAAGGGC